ACACGCAUUCAUUUAUCGUCCGUCGUUUUUUUCGGUCACAUCCAUCCACCGGUCGUCUGCCGCGGACCACUUUUCGAUCUCGCUUAUCAUCAUUAUAUUAUUAUAAUACGGUUCGUUGUUGUCGGUUGUACGUCGUGCGCAUAUAUUAUAUAAAACGUCGUCGUCGUCGUGCGUAUAUCGUGAUUCACAUUAGUGUGUACCUAUAUUAGUGUUGCACUACUAUAUUGGUACGCGAUUAAAACGAUUUUUAUUUUUGUGAUUUUCAUACAUCGCGUCAGCACUUAUUAUACGACUUUGUAAGUCGACGUUACGCGUCAUUGUAAUAGGUACCUGAAUUAUAUACCUAUUUAGUAAUUUAAUAUACAUAUAUUAUAUAAAGUUAAAUAAAAAACGCGCGUCUAUAUAUAAUAUAUAUAUACCUAUCGCCGUUAAAUCUGUAUAAGAAUUAUUGUUAUUAUGUACUGGUCGGCGAACGCAAACGUUUCGUAGCCUGGAUCCGCUGCGUGGGACAGACGGCGACCUAUAACCUAUAGCGUCGCUGCACUCGUCACCGUCSUCGAACGGUGACUUUUUGAAAAUCGUCAGGUGUGCAAAGCAUUCACCACGACGGCAUCGCCGGGUGCACAGAGCGGGACGACCAGCGAGGCUGAGGACUCGUCCAGGUCGUCGUUGGGCUCUACGAUGAUGUUGUCUCAGCAGCAGCACCACCACCAUCACCACAACAUGCUGUCACCAAUGUUCAACUUUUUGGACGUGCCGUGCAGCAGCAGUCCACCUCUUGCUGCUCUGCACACCAUGACCGAGAUGAAGAACGGGUGCACGGCGGGCAACCCACAUGGAAUCGAGCAGAUACUGUCGCGGCCGCCGACCACCGGUGCAGCGGCCGCCAUCAGCCACCAGCAGCGGGCGUUCAACAGCGUGGCCGGCAUCGCGGCCGCCGGGAUGGCUGCUGCAGCGUCAUACUUCCACAACGGUGGUGUCAAGCACCCGGCCACCACGUUGGCUGACCUCACCACCAGGAACCUGUACUGGCCGGGCUUCCAAGGUCUGGUCAAUAACCCGAUCGCCUGGAGGGACAGGCUAGCUAGUCUGAACAAUUCGAAUCAAGAAAAAGACGGCAAAAAGAAGCAUACGAGGCCCACGUUCAGCGGGCAACAGAUCUUCGCGCUCGAGAAGACUUUYGAGCAGACCAAGUACCUGGCGGGUCCGGAACGGGCGAAAUUGGCGUACGCACUGGGCAUGACCGAAUCUCAAGUGAAGGUGUGGUUCCAAAACCGGAGGACUAAGUGGCGGAAAAAGCACGCGGCCGAGAUGGCCACGGCCAAGAGGAAGCAAGAAGAGGCGGCCGACGAGAGCGACGAAGACGAAGACAUGCGUGACGAUAGUGCGGCCAAACGGCUCAAAAGGGAAUUGGCUGCUCACUAUGGAGGCGGUGGUGGAGGUGGAGGUGGUGGUGGCAUCGGUGGAAGUAUAUAGCAUCAGGCUUGGCCAGGCGUCGGUCACCCUGGCACCUUGGACCUGAAGACUCACGAAUAAACCCGUUGAGUUCCGAGUACUUGUAGGUACAUCGAUAACCCACGCACGCUGUACAAUUCCAAUGAUAAUGAUGAUGAUGAUAAAUAUUAUUAUUAUCAUUAUUUGUACAUUUCUAUAAACUUAUAAGUACUACACAAAUAUUUUAUACAUAACUAUAUUAUUAUUAUUAUUAUAUUACAUAAUACAUAAGAUUUAUGCCUAUCCAAAACGUCUAGUCAUCGCAUAAUUUUUUUUAGGUAUUUGUGCAUAUUAUUAUUGUUAUUAUAUAAAAAUUUAGAGAGCAAUAUAAUUACGGUAUAGGUAUUAUAUAAUAUUAUAAUAUUAAGUACAUAGCGCCGUGUCGCAUGUACACUCUACACCGGUCCUCAUCACAUAAUAUUACAGUCGAGUCGCGAUAAUUUGAAGUUGAAGGUGAAUAAAAAUUUGCGUUACAUUAUUCGGGAUAUUAUUCGAUAUACCUAUAACUUGAAUUCAUCUAAAUUAAGUUAUUGGAGAAUAAAAAAAAAUUUCAAGUUGUCAAGUUUUUCAAGUUAUCUAGGUUCGAAUUAUCGCGACUCGGCUAUAUAAUAUAAUAUGUAAAUGUGUAUAUCUGGCAUUAUGUACAGGGAGUAUCGUGGUGGAUGGACAGUUUUACAUUUUUAUUGAUUCGUCAAAUCUUCGCCAUACAUUCUGUAUAUAAUAUAAGCAUAUACGACGUAUAGUGCACGGUGUGUGCGUUAUUUUGUUCUUUUUGUUUAUAUUCUAUGUAUCCCCCCCCCUAUACCCUUUCACCACAUUGUAUAGUGUUGCCCGCCCAAGCGUAUACAACGCUUCGACGACGACGACGACGAUCAUUAUUAUUAUUAUUAUUAUUAUUAUUAUUAUUAUCAUUAUCAUUAUUAUCAU